AUGGAAUUUCAGAAACCAAUAGUUACGGCAUUUUUGUUAUUAACCCUAGUCAUUAGAGCCUUUGCUGAUUGCAGUUGUGAAGACGAAGAAAUCCACGGCAACAAAAGCGAAACCCUUAAGUACAAAUUAAUCGCACUUGCUUCCAUAUUGAUUGCCGGGGGCAUCGGCGUAUCUCUACCCUUCGCUGGCAAAAUCUUCCCGGCCUUAGGCCAAGAGAAGGAUGGUUUCUUCCUUGUAAAAUCAUUCGCUGCCGGCGUGAUGCUGGCUACAGGGUUUAUCCAUAUACUUCCAGACGCGUUCGAGAGCCUGACGUCUCCGUGUUUGAAAGAACAGGUGUGGGGGGAUUUUCCAUUAUCUGGGUUUGUGGCUAUGAUUGCAACCAUUGUGACGUUGAUGUUUGAGAGCUGGUCAGCGGCAUGCCAGCCUAAGAAUCAGACGGUAGCAGUUGAAGGGGUUGACGAUGAAGAAAAGAACGUUGGGGUUGUGACUGUUCACAUGCAUGCAACCCAUCACCAUUCUCACGCCAAUGAUAAUUCUCAAGUUUAUCGAUAUCGGAUUAUUUCCCAGGUGCUGGAAUUAGGAAUUGUCGCUCAUUCAAUAAUUAUAGGAUUAUCGUUAGGUGCUUCCAAAAGUCCGGAAACCAUAAAACCACUUAUUGUUGCCUUAUCCUUCCACCAAUUUUUCGAAGGAUUAGGCCUCGGUGGAUGCAUCUUUCAGGCAAAAAUCAAAUCACUGGCGACUAUAUCAAUGGGAGCGUUUUUCACCCUUACGACUCCAGGUGGAAUUGUAAUUGGAAUAUUGCUGAGCAACAGUUAUAAAGAAAACAGUACAAAUUCUCUUAUUGUCGAAGGCGUGUUAAAUGCUGCAUCGGCUGGAAUGUUGAUAUAUAUGGCACUUGUUAACCUACUUUCUCCGGAUUUCAAUAAUCCCAGGAUGCAAAACAAGAAGAUGCUUCUACUUGGUUCAAAUGUUUUUCUUCUUCUUGGUGCCGGCUUGAUGUCUCUCCUAGCCAAAUGGGCUUGAGAAUAUAUUGUUUUCACUGAAUGGAUUUGUCAAAUUACAAUUUCCUGAUAACUAAGAGCAUUAAUUUUACAAUUGUU